GGAAGCGCGUCCUCUGCGUCUGUAACCAAUCAGACGCCCGAGAUUUCACCGGACUUUGUUAUCGCGAGACCUCUGCCUUUCCUUUUCCCUUUUCGCUCUGAAUCCAAGAUGGGUGUUGACAUCAGGCACAACAAGGACCGUAAGGUGCACAGGAAAGAGCCAAAGAGCCAGGAUAUCUACCUGAGGCUCCUGGUCAAGUUGUACAGGUUCCUGGCCCGCCGCUGUAAUGCUCCCUUCAACAAGGUGGUCCUGAGGAGGCUGUUCAUGAGCAGGUCCAACAGGCCUCCCAUCUCCGUCUCCCGUCUGAUCCGUAAGAUGAAACUGGCCGGCCGCGAGAACAAAAUCGCUGUUGUUGUGGGAACAGUUACUGAUGAUAUCAGGAUUCAGGAUAUCCCCAAGCUCAAGAUCUGCGCUCUGAAGGUAACUGAUGGCGCCCGCCGCAGGAUUCUUAAAGCUGGUGGUCAGGUGAUGACCUUCGACCAGCUGGCUUUGACCUCACCAAAGGGACAUGGCACAGUCCUGCUGUCAGGACCCCGCAAAGGCAGAGAGGUUUACAGGCACUUUGGAAAGGCCCCUGGAACCCCUCACAGCCACACCAAGCCCUAUGUCCGCUCCAAGGGCAGGAAGUUCGAGAAAGCCCGCGGUCGCAGAUCCAGCUGUGGUUACAAGAACUAGUUUGUGUUAUUGUUUUCCAUGCAGUCUGACACAAAUAAAAAGAUUGGCUGUACAAAAUGA